UUUAAUAUAAUCCUGCAAUGAUAUGUACUUUGAGUUUGUUUUAAAAGAGCAUGCACUAAAGUAUCAAAAUUGUAUGUACUAUAAAACCAUGCUCCUAAUCUGGAAAAAGUCCACAUGAGCCACCUUCCGCGCAGAGGAAAGGUAGAUCGUUCAAACCGUCGACUAAUUUCCUAGGUAAUUCAACGGAACACAAAGAAGAUAGAGAUAAAUUAGUUGAGAUGAUUUCUGUGGGCUUGCAGUGUUUUGGACUUUUACUUUUCGCUUCCGUCGCCCUCGCCACCCACCUGAACUAUGACAUUUCAACGUACAGAACCACGAUGACUUCUCUUCUAUCAAACUACUCCAGCAAAGUCCGGCCCAUCGUAAACCAGGGCCAAUCGCUACAACUGCAACUCAGCUUGUGGAUUGCCGGAAUCAAUGAAGUGAGUACUACCGAUUCGAUGAUGACCACCACGGGGUACUUGUCCGUUAAAUGGAAGGACGAACUACUCAACUGGGAUUCUGCGGCGACUGGAAUGUAUUGGAUGCAGUUUAAUCAGAAGGACAUAUGGGUUCCUGAUAUUGUUCUGAAGAAUGGGUUUACGGAUUUCAAAAUGAUGGGCGGUGAUUUUUACUACCUGUAUGUGUAUAACGACGGUUGGGUGGAUUGGUAUCCUUACAAGGUGUUUGAAACAUCCUGCGAAUUGGACGUGACCUAUUAUCCUUUUGAUUCUCAAAAAUGUGAUAUCAUUGUAAAGUCGUGGAGUUAUUCGAGAUGGGAAGUGAACUUCACUUUUAACGAUCCACAAAUAGGUUUUUAUGAGUUUGUUCCCAAUCAUGUUUGGCAUCUGGAAUCAUAUGACGCUGAAACUGACUAUACCAAUAGUCAAACAGACUUAAAGUUUACACUACACCUUAAGAGAAAAACAAAAUAUUUUAUUGCUAACCUUAUCCUCCCAAUAAUCUUAGUUGGUGUUUUGAAUACUUUUGUUUUUAUGAUUCCCGCAGACGCUGGAGAGAAAAUGGGAUUCUCCGUGACCAUCUUCCUGACAUUUGCCGUAUUUUUGACCAUAGUUAGUGGGGAACUUCCAAAAACCUCAGAUUCUAUUUCUAUUCUAAGCAUAUAUUUAAUAAUCGAGUUGAUUAUAAGCAUAUCGAGUAUAAUGCUUUCAGCUGUUCAACUUCGCAUCCAUCACAGAAAACCAACUAUAGAAAUAGGUGAAUGCUUUCGCUUCUUGGUCAGGGCUGGAAGGCGUUUGAGAUGCGAAGGAAGAAAAAACGACAAAUCGAUUAAGUGUUUUCCAAAUAGCUGUUUAAAUAAACCCCGAAUUCACGAGAUCGAAGUUAUAGACUGUGAAAGCAGAAUGAAAAUGAACCGACCAGUGGAGGAGGAACAGGAAGAGGAAAUGGACUGGGGCGACGUGUCGUCUGCGAUUGAUUUCUUUGCUUUCAUCUUUUUGUUAUGCGUCCAGGUUUUUGUUACUUCUGUUAUGUUCAUUUACGCCGCCGCCCGAUAGAAGGAAAAUAUUCUAACACAGAUUCAAGAUGAACACCAGAGGGUUAGAAAUUGACAACUUUUGUCACAACACUUUUUGGACAAAGUUUGGCGAAGAAGUACACGCUAAUGUGUUAAUGCUUAAACUCAUUAAAUUCUCUGCACCUUUUUUUCUAUCUACCUUUAUCUUUCAUGCUUAUUUAAUUGACUCAUUAUAUGCUGUUACUAAGUAUUUAAACGUAAACGCAUGGAAUACAAAUAAAUAUCGGGUCGAAUUUUGGGGGUUGAUGUUUUACAUUGAAAUACCGAAAUACUCAAAAACUUUUUUACCGGAAAGCUACAGCUUAUGUUGAAGCAUCCUCAGGUGAUGUAUAUUCAUGUUUGUUUAAAUCACAAACCUUUGGGGUGCGGUGGAGCCACAAUGGCGGGGGUAAAAUUGAACAUAGAAAAAAGAAUUAUAUUACUCUUAAAAAUCAAACUAGCUAUAUAAUAUGGUGUUACGUAUAUGCAAGCUUCUUUACAUAUUGUUGGUUCUGAUUUUUAUAGACUGUGGCCCAUGGACGAUUAUUGGGCCCACAGCGGUUUGAGGACUGAUGUAGGUUUAUAUUUAUGAGCAAUUGUGAAAGAUCUUCUACAGAACUGUGAUGCUUAAUAUGUGAUAUUGCUGGGAAAUCUUCUUGUUACAAAAUGGACUCAGUGCUUAUCACAUUGAUAUCUGGAGGAAAAAUUGAAAAUCUUUUUUCCCUACA